CAAUCGCCCAGACCAGACCAGGCGAUAUAAAUCGGGCGCACGGUUGUCCCGGCCUGGCGGUCGCUCGUCUCGCAGCAAUACCCACUAGCCCCCUUCCCCUCUCUUGCAGCCCAAUGUCCACAAAGAACGAGUCCGAUUCCACCCUCGACAUUCGCGAGGCCGACAGUCCCGCUCCCUUGGAGUCUGCAACAUCGUCCGUGCGUCCGCUCGGCUCAGAGCCGGCCAUCCAGCUGAGCCGAUCGCAUUUUGUUUUGGUUUUCAUCGGCCUGGCGCUGGCGGUGCUGCUGGCUGCCAUCGACCAGGUGAUUGUUGCGACAGCCAUUGCCGUCAUUGGCAAUGAGUUCCAGAACUUUCAGAUGAUCCCCUGGAUCGGAACGUCGUACCUCUUGACCAGCGCCGCUGUCACCCCUGUCUACGGAAAGCUCUCCGAUAUCUUUGGCCGCAAGCCUACCAUCAUUGUCGCCAUCGUGAUAUUUCUGAUCGGAAGCGGCAUAAGCGGCGGCGCCAUGGACAUGAACGUUCUCAUCGCCGGACGGGCUAUCGCCGGCAUCGGCGGAGGCGGCUUGAUGAGCCUCGUCAUGAUCGUCAUCGCCGACAUGACGCCGCUGGCCACCCGCGGUCGCUACCAAGGAAUCAUCGGCUCUGUCUUUGGAUUUGCCUCGGUGAUCGGGCCCUUUGUGGGCGGAGCCUUCACCGACGGCCUCACCUGGCGGUGGUGUUUCUGGAUCAACUUUCCUGUCGGCGUCGUCGCCCUCGUCAUCAUCGUCGUCUUUCUCAAGGCCCCAUCUGGCUCAGGCACUCUCGUUGAGCGAAUCCGCCGCAUCGACACUGUCGGCUUCCUGCUGAUGUCUGCCACAACAAUCUCCCUGCUGCUGCCGAUCCAGAACGGCGGUAUCAAGUGGGACUGGAAUGCUCCGCAAACCAUUGCCCUCUUCGUUACCAGCGGCGUCUGCCUCGUUCUCUUUGUCGUCUAUGAGCGAUCCUACGCCCGCGAGCCAAUGAUCCCAACGGCUGUCUUUGCCAACCGCAGCACAAUCCUCCUGGUGAUCUGCUCCUUCCUCAUUGGCAGCUCCAUCUUUACCGUGAUCUCGUAUGUUCCGUUGUACUUCCAAGUUGUCAACGGCGCGACGGCCAUGCAAGCGGGCAUUUCCAUGUUCCCACUUGUCAUUCCCUUGACCUUUGUGAUUGUGGCCUCAGGCAUCCUCAUCUCAUACAUUCGACGCUAUCGAUUCAUUUUGUGGAUCGGAUUCGCACUCUCGGCCAUCGGAGCUGGACUUGUUUCGCUCCUCGACGAGAACUCGAAUGCAGCCCAGCGCAUCGGCUUUCUGCUCGUCCUCGGAUUUGGCGGUGGUAUGCUCAUGCAAACCAAGACCAUCGCCAUGCAGAACAGCGUCAUGCCGCAGCACAUUGGUAUUGGAACGUCCUUGGUAACCUUUGGUCAGGUUAUGGGCAGUGCUCUCGGUAUCGCCAUCGGCGGGUCGGUCUUGAACAACAAGGUUGUCAGCAGCUUGGCCUCGGCUCACAUUCCAAGCGAUGUGCUUGAUCUCAUCACGCAAACUCCAAUUGCCCUUCGUAUGGUUCUCCAAAGUAAUCCGUCACUGCUUAUGGAAGCCAUGCACGCCUAUGUCCAAGGCCUGCAGUCGGCCUUCAUUCUAUCCAUCCCGUGCGCCAUCCUUGGUCUGCUCUUGUCUCUUGCCGUCGUUGAAUGGCCGCAACAGAAGCUGGCGGACGCUCAGUCCAAGCAAGGAGAAAAAGUGUAGCGCCCGGGACAGUGUUCGGUGUGCAGCGCUCCGGAAUCUGUCUAUGAUGGAGGGGCGAAUAACAAACCCUCCCUUGUGUCCACUAUGUAUUUCAACAUCUAUUGAAAGCGAGCUUUUACAGUCUAUCCAUAAAGAAACGGGACAGUUCCUUCCUGGUUUCAGAUGUCUGAACCCCGCUGACUGACUGUAGGCCCAGCGGGCAGGCCAUGGCAUUGCACUCCUGUCUU